AUGGCCACUGUGGACGUAGACAUACAGCCUACUGAGGAGAAGAGGACGCUGACCCUCCGUGGUCAUGUUGGUUUCGACAGCCUUCCUGACCAGCUGGUCAGCAAAUCCGUCUCCCAGGGCUUCUGCUUCAACAUCCUCUGUGUAGGCGAAACAGGGAUCGGGAAGUCAUCACUAAUGAACACUCUCUUCAACACAACGUUUGAGAACGAAGAGGUCAACCACUUCCAGAACACGGUCUAUUUACGGCACAGGACCUACAACCUACAGGAGAGUAAUGUUGACCUCAAGCUGACGAUUGUGGACACUGUUGGUUUUGGUGACCAGGUCAAUAAAGAGGAGAGCUAUAAGCCCAUUGUGGACUACAUUGAUACCCAGUUUGAACACUUCCUCCAAGAGGAGCUGAAGAUCAAACGUUCCCUCCAUAAUUACCACGACACGAGAAUCCACAUCUGCCUGUACUUCAUCUCCCCUACAGGCCAUUCAUUAAAGUCUUUAGAUCUGGUCACCAUGAAGAAACUGGACAGUAAGGUGAACUUAAUUCCCCUUAUCGCAAAGGCGGACACCAUCUCUAAGUGCGAGCUUCAGAAAUUUAAGAUUAAGAUUAUGAGCGAACUGGUCAGCAACGGCGUUCAGAUUUACCAGUUUCCAACAGACGAUGAAGCUGUUACAGAAAUCAACUCUACCAUGAACGCACAUAUGCCGUUUGCUGUUGUGGGGAGCUGUGAGGAGGUGAAAGUGGGAAAUAAGCUGGUGCGAGCCAGGCAGUACCCAUGGGGAGUGGUGCAGGUAGAGAAUGAGAGUCACUGUGACUUUGUGAAGCUGAGAGAGAUGCUGAUCCGGGUGAACAUGGAAGACCUGCGGGAGCAGACACACACACGCCACUACGAGCUCUACCGCCGCUGCAAACUGGAGGAGAUGGGCUUUAAAGACACCGACACUGACACACAGCCAUUCAGUCUGCACGACAUCUAUGUUGCCAAGAGGAAAGAGUUCCUGGCUGAACUGCAGCGCAGCGAGGAGGACAUGCGGCAGAUGUUCGUCAACAAAGUGAAGGAGACGGAGGCGGAGCUGAAGGAGCGAGAGAGAGAGCUGCAUGAGCGCUUCGAGCAGCUGAAGCGUGUGCAUCAGGAGGAGAAGAGGAGUUUGGAGCAGAAGCGGCAUGAGCUGGAGGAGGAGAUGAACUCGUUCAGCAGGAGGAAGGUGGCGGCGGAGGCGCUGCAGGCACACAUGCUGCAGAGCUCCAUCACACACACCAUCAAAAAGGACAAAGACAAGAGAAACUUCUUCAGUCUUCCAUCAGCUUUCUCCUUCAGAACAGAAAGGAAUCUGAAUUAGGGUUUGUUUCGUUCUCAUUGGCCAGGGAGACAACUAAAGGACUACUGUCUUCUUCUUUGUGAUAUACAGUUGCCCCAAAAUGUAUUUGCACACUUUAACCAUAAUUACUAUUACUGUGUAUUGCCGUCAAGUCGUUUCCGACUCCUGGCGAAUGCAUGGACAGUGUUUCUCUAGAACAUCCUGUCUUCUGUUUAGGUCUUUAAGCUUCUGACUGGCAGAUUAACGAUCCUUCUGAUUGUCUCCAUCCAUCUUGUAGCUGGUUGUCCUCUUUUACCUUCAACUCUUCCAAGCACAGUGUUCUUUUCCAAUAAAAAUGGCUCUUCUGAGAAUAAAAUAAGAGCUUCCGUUUGGCUAUAUGGGCUUCAAGUAAGAGGUGAUUCUUGAUUUGGUCGAGGAUCCACUCGUUUGUCUUCUUUGCCAUCCAAGUUACUCUUAAAAGUCUUUGCCAACACUAAAGUUUGUGUUUUUCCUGUCUCGCUUGUUUCUUACUGAGCUUUAACCCCCAUAAAGAACCACAGAGAAAACCACAGCCUGGACAGUUCUGCUCCUCGUCUGUAGAGAUUAAUUGUUGCAUUUCAAGGUCUUUUCAAGCUCCUUCAGACUGUUCUGUGCCAAUCUGUCGUAUUUCUUGAGUUCUGGAUCCUCUGUUGUUAAUAACUGAUCAGAGUGGGAAAAAGCUGUCCACCAUUUCUGUAUCUUCUCCAUCAAUGGUAAAGUUAGCGGGCCUUUACGCUGUCAUAAAACUAGUAUUCAUAUUGAGCUGAAGUCCCUGAUUUUGACUCUUUUCUUCAACCGUCCUUAUAAGGGCCCUCAGGACUUCACAGUUUUCUGCCGUGAGAGCUGCAUCAUCUGCAUAUUGAAGGUUAAUCAUUAGUAAACACCAGUGAAGCCCUUUAGAUUGCUUUGUAAAAUGUUCAUCAAGAUGUAUCUGUUCCAGAGAAAAACACCUCAAACUGAUGGAGAAAACUUGGAGAAGAACUCCAACCAGGCAAAACUAAUAGUACUGUAAAGCGCAGAGGAGGAAAGUCAAAGUCUGGGGCUGUUUACUGACAGUGGUGUCAGUGAACUUGUGUUCAUUGAUGGGAUCAUGAACUCAGAGGUGUGUGAAGGCAUCCUGGAUGCAAACCUGCAAAAGCCUUCUAAGAAACUUGCUUUGUCUCUGAAGGGUCUGUUUAGUAUGACAUUUUGUUUUCUAAUACAAUAAGCUUAGUACAUUUUUAAGCAUGGCACGGAUGCCCAAAUAUUUUUGGCACCACUGUAUCACUAACAGACUUGUUAGAUUCGUAUUGUGACAGUAACCAUCACGUGGAUGGCAACCUAUAUAUGUUUAUGCUUCUUUUACGGUCUGAUUAAAGCUCUAAAGCUACAUUUAAUCAGUGAUGCAACUCAUGCAGCUUUUUCUUUUUAAACAAAUAUUGUUUAAUUUUACCAAAUGUAACCUACAGCUUUAACUGUAAACAGGUCAGUGUUUGUGUGAGUGAGCUUGGUUUGGUUUGCCCAGUGUUUUUCAACAACACUGUGAGCUGUAUUCACUGUGAAACACAAGGGGGCGCUGUAGAACUGUGAAAUGGCAGCCUUCACUGUUUACCACCGGAGCUGCUUAAAGACGUCACACUGGAUUAGAGAUUUUAAUUCAUUAGCUUUAUUUAUUUAUUUGUUUAUCUCCCUGGAAAUUGCUUUCUGGUGCAUUGCUGAUCAUUAUGUAGAUUCCCUUUAAACGUCAAAUAUUCCCUGGACAAACCACAGCAGUUUGGUAAUAAAUAAAUCGCCCUUGGAAAUCGC